AUGUUCAAUACUCAGAUCUUUGAGAACUCAAACUCUGCAAACACAUCGGCCAUCAACAUACCUAACAGCCAGAAUAGUGACAACCUUUCGAUACCCCAGCCAAUAGACAUUACAUAUCAAAGGCAGCAAUCACUCCUUAAUAACUCAAGGUUCAGAAGAGAGUCACUUGCGCAUUCGCAAGGUAUGGGUGGCGUAUCAUGGGGGUCAGUCACAAUAGGCUCUUGGCUCAAGGAUGAAGUCAUGAUGUUUGGUGGAUCUCAGGUGCAGGGAAAUGGAAACAAUAAUAAUAAUAAUAAUAAUAAUAAUAAUAAUAAUAAUAAUGCUAAUCUCAACUAUGGUGCCAAUUUGAUAAAUCCAAGAAGAGGUUCCUUCCGUUACAAUAACCAUCCAGGUAUUUCCAUGUCACCUCCUAACCAGACAUCAUAUUUACCUGAUUUGGAGGCAGAUUAUUGUAAAGAUUACAGCUGUUGUGGCCAGCUUCUACCGACUUUGCAUGAUUUAUUGAGACACUAUGAAGAAGCACAUAUCAGUCCAUCACCACCAAUGGAGCAAAAUGAAAUGUUGGUAGCUAAUAGAAACAAAAACAACCUCAAUAAUAUGCAUAACAUAAUGGAGACGGUUUCCACAAAUGAUGUGUUUUUGAACAACACACAUAAUAACAAUCAUCUAGCCGGUAACAUUAAUCAACGUUUAACCAAUGAUCAACAUGGAAAUGUUCAAAAUAAUUUAACUUUGCCCGUGAGCCAAUUCAGUAUUCAACAAGAUUCUAUCGACCGCCUAUCAAACGAGAGCCAACAUGGGAACUCUCAUCAAAAUAUGAACUUGACGGGGAAUCAUUUCAAUAUUCAACAAGACACUGUUGGCCAGGCUUCAGUAAUAUCGAAUUCGCAAAAUCAAGAUGACUUUCAGCUGCAACACCAUCAACAACAACGUAAUCUCCAACAUCAGAAACAACAGCACACAAAUCAACUUCAUCAAACUCAAAUACAUCCCCACCAAGUCCACCAUAUUCAUCAACAGCAACAGUCGCGUCCUCAUACUCCAUUGGAUGAUGAGGAUGCAAUGUACAUAGAUGAUCCAGCGCGCCAUUUGUAUGUUAUGGAAAAUAAUGAGCAUAAACCCUACAAAUGCCCGGUGAUAGGAUGCGAAAAAACUUAUAAGAACCAAAACGGCUUGAAAUAUCAUCGUUUACAUGGACAUCAGAAUCAGACCUUAAAAGAAAAUCCCGACGGAACUAUAUCUAUAAUUGAUCCUGAAUCAAAUACUCCUUACUUGGAUGGUGCUGGCAUGGAAAAAGAUAAGCCUUAUAGGUGUGAAGUUUGUGGUAAGAGAUAUAAGAAUCUCAAUGGCUUGAAAUAUCACAGGGGUCAUACCACUCAUUGA